CUGGAGGUUCAGAUGUGAUCCCAGGAAUACUACACACUUCCAAUGAAUAGCACCUUUUUCCUUCCCCCUGCAAGAAUUUGCCAUAUGGAAUCUUAGAUCUCAAGGAAACCGUAUUCUACAAAUUGUCUGUAAGGUGUUUGGGUCAUCAUGCCAAUUUUGUUUGCUGUUCUACACCUGUUAGGCAUUCUGUCUAUGACAUGCAGAGCAUCUGGAUCUGACUCAAGUGUUACCACCCCCAUCACCUGUACGACCCGUGGGGCAGAUCUGACGGAGGAGAAGCAGUUGGUCCUCUGUCCGCCUAACUGCACCCUCUGGAGGGUGUCUGUGUUUGGUUCUCGGGUGUACGCCGCCGUGUCCAGCGUGUGUGGCGCAGCCGUGCACCAGGGGGUGAUAAGGUCCUCGGGGGGACCAGUGAAGGUCCACAAACUGCAAGGCAUACAGAACUACCUCGGCUCCUACUCCCAUGGAGUCCAAUCUCAGGCCCUGUCCAGGUGGACCGCAUCAUUCACUGUGGCCCAAUCUGUUCAUGUGCCUCAGGAGGUGUCCUCCCAGAUAGCCACAACUGUCCUCCCUGCACCAGGACCAGUGAAGAAAACAUUAAAGAAGCCGGUGAAGAAAAUGACUACAGGAGGAAAUAGAGACUGCCAGAUGGAGAUAGCCCUGCUGCUGGAUAGCAGCAACAACAUUGGGCAGCGUCGCUUCAACCUUCAGAAGAACUUCAUCAGCAAGUUAGCGGUGAUGCUAAGGAUUGGACCGAAUGGACCACAUGUUGGUGUGGUGCAAGCUAGUGACACACCUCGGACAGAAUUUCUCCUGACUAACUAUACUCAACCCAAAGAUGUGGUGUUUGCCAUCAAAGAGGUAGCAUACCUGGGAGGCAACACUAACACAGGUAAGGCCAUCAUGCACACGGUGGAGUCCUUCUUCCAGACGGGGGUGAGGAGAGGUCACCCCAGGGUCAUAGUGGUGUUUAUAGAUGGCUGGCCCUCAGACGAACUGGAAGAUGCGGCCGUGCUGGCCAGAGAGUCUGGUAUCAACGUGUUCCUGGUGCCAGUGGCCAAGCCUGCCCUGGAGGAGCUAGGCAUGGUCAGAGACAAGGACUACAUGAAGAAGGCAGUGUGCAAGGACAACGGCUACUUCACAUACGCCAUACCCAGUUGGUUCGGCACCACCAAGCAUGUGAAGCCCCUGGCCCAGAAGUUGUGCUCAGUGGACCAGCUCCUCUGCUCCAAGACCUGCUACAACUCGGUCAACCUGGGCUUCCUCAUUGACGGCUCCAGCAGCGUCGGGGAGGGGAACUUCCGCCUGAUCUUGGACUUCAUUACCUCCGUGGCCCGUAGCUUCGACAUCUCAGACAUAGGGUCACGUGUUGGGGCAGUCCAGUUCACCUAUGACCAGCGGAUGGAGUUUAACAUGUACGACUACCCAGUGAAAGAUGAUGCCCUCAGGGCCUUGCAGGGGAUCCCCUACAUGAGUGGGGGCACGGCCACGGGAGACGCCGUUGCCUACGCUACCCAGAACCUGUUCCUGGCCCGCAAGGCUGGCCCUGGGAGGAACUUCCUCAUAGUGGUCACUGACGGACAGUCCUACGAUGACGUCAGAGGGCCGGCCCUGGCCGCCCAGAAGGAAGGGAUCACCAUCUACUCUGUGGGGGUGGCCUGGGCUCCAAUGGAUGACCUGCAAACUAUGGCGUCAGAGCCCAAGGAUAGCCACACAUUCUUCACCAGGGAGUUCACUGGCCUGCAGCAGUUCCAGCAGCCCCUUGUAAGGGGCAUCUGCAGGGACUUCACUGAGGCCAACUAGGGAGAGGUAGCAGAGAGAAGCUGUUUGGGCUUGCUGAAAACCCCAGCAAGACAGGAAACAUCUAGAUGGCACUUUAUUUUACAGUACAGAAAUUACCAGGUAUUUACUGAGAAAUAAAAUGGUUACUACAUAGUAAUAACCUAUAAAUUACUUGAUUGUUUCUUUGGGAUUCAUUCAAUCAAGUGCCACUCGGCGGUUGUAAAUUGUGUUGAAUUCUUCAAAGUAGGAAUCAGUUUUACCAAAUACCAGUGCAAACACAAACAAUACCGUAAAAAAAUAGUGCUAGUCACUGUUCAACACAACCAGAGUACAGCAGAAGCUAACAAGGCAAUAGCAUUGUAGGUUCACGAGUUCUCAGAAAACUCAUAGAUCAUCAAGUUGGAUAUUACCUUACUCAACUAGUAUGAUAUCAUUAUUCUCAAUAAUAGACCAUAUUCAUUCAUAGGUUCUCAAGAUGUGACUAGUUUGCACUAUUCAUGUUUUAUCCAAUGUGUAUCGUAACUAUAGUGAAAUACGUUAAGGUAGUUUGUAUUUCUUGAACAAUCCAAAGCAGGCAAACCAAAAAGCACAGAAACAUGUUGCCUAGAGACCAAGGUAUUCCUUCGCUUUCACCCUCAACUAUACAGUUAUCACUUCUCUGCUUGAUAUGGCUUGUAGUCAUAUGUAUGUUAGUUAAAAGGUAAGGGAUGAUAUUUAGGGAAUAAAAGUACCAUUCUUUCCUAGGCCACAACUGCUGAUGCUAAGCUUCUAUGUUACCUACAACAGAACGCUUUCCCAAAGCCAGUUUCCCUUGUAUACUGUACCAUACUUAUAGUACAUUUGCAUGUUGACCUGUACUUUAUAAAUUACAUUUUUUUUUAUGA